GACCAGGGCGCAAUAAAGAAGAAAAGGACUCGCGGGCACCGAUUAUUUGAAUCAAGGAAAAGGAGCAGCACGUGUCAUCAAAAAUGUUAACGGAUAAAUUUCAAGACUUACAGGAGUCUCUGGAUACGCUGCUGGACCUGACCAGCAGUCAACCUGAGACGCUAAUUCGAGUGAGAAACGAACAGCAAGCCUUUUUUGAUCGAGACAUGGUGACAAGAGGGACUGUGACACAGAUUUUCAAAGAUGUGGUUCAGCAAGAGGAAAGUUUGGUGCACCGAUUGACUGACAUAAAGGAGAAGCUGCUACAGGAGAAAGAACUGGAGAGCUUGGAGGAUCAGCUGAGACAAUUCACAGCCAAGAAUCAACUGCUGGACUCAGACUUACAAUUUCUGCAGAGCGAGUUGGAACGACUGAGGAGCUCGGAAAACGAGCUCACAGCUUUGCAAAAUGAGGUGGACGAAGACACCACUGAGAUCAUCCCAUCUGCAAUAUAUGUUGUAAGGCUGAACCACCUCAUAACCAGGAUCAAGUGGGAAUAUGACACAGAGCCUCACAUCCUUAAAGCAGUGCAUUAUGGGCCAGAUGUGGCAACUCCCAUCAGUAUCGACACCAAAGUCAAAUCUCAGAGGGAAAUUGCUGACCAGUUAUGGAACUUUGUAAGCGAUGAAUGGUAAACGAAUGCAUUUGUGCAACUCACCAGUGAGCAAUGUUUGUCCUUCCCAUACAACAAUGGCACAAAUAGUGAAACUAAAAUCUGGUGUCUUGAUGUACCACUAGGUGUCGCUAUGUUUUAUAAUACCGCUAUGCAGUUUAUUGGUAUAGUAGUUCUGUCAUUGAUCAUUAUGUUUGUACUUGCCUACUUACUGUUGUACAAACUUUAUUGUGCAACUAAACCUUUUAAAAAAAGUGAAUAGAUUCAUUCUUAUUUUAUUCUGUAGCCAGUAAUGCUCUUCCUUGAGAUAUUUCAGUUUCAUUGCUCAGCCACUUCAAGAAAAGCAUCCAGUGCAACUCCAGUAAAAGCAAACGUUCAAUUGUU